AUGAGGUUCUCCCAGGCUAUUCUCGCGGCCUGCGUGCAUGCCGCCGUGUCGGCCCGCUUCAUCGAACCCUUCGAGGCUGACGGCAAUGCCGUCCUCGAGCCGGCCGCCGCGACCUUCUUGAUAGAGACGGCGCCGGGAGAGACCAAGUGGGUGACUGAAGAGGAGAAAUGGGAGCUGAGACGUAUUGGCCAAAACUUCAUGGACAUUACCAACUCGCGCCAUCUCGGCUCCAGGCGCCUCCACAGCCAGGCCCGCGUCUCUUACCCCAAGAAAUGCGUCCACAAACCUGAGGUGACCAAGCUGGCCAAGCGCCUCGACAAGUCGCAUAUGAAGGCGCGUCUCCAACACCUCUCCAGCUACCGUACGCGCUACUACAAGACCGAGACCGGCCUGCAGGCCUCUGACUGGAUUUUGUCCAACCUCAGCGAAAUGGUCCACCAGGCCGGCGCAAACGCCACCGUCUCCGUCGAGAGCUUUCCCCACUCGUGGAAGCAGCACUCGGUCAUCGCCACCAUCCCGGGCCGGACUAACAGCACCAUUGUCAUUGGCGCUCACCUCGACUCGGUCAACAUGUUGAUGCCCUCCUUAAUGCCUGCGCCGGGGGCCGACGACGACGGCAGUGGCACCGUGACCAUCAUGGAGGUCUUUCGCGCUCUACUCUGGUCUAGUCGUGUCACCGAGGGCAAGGCUCAGAACACCAUCGAGUUUCACUGGUACAGCGCCGAGGAGGCCGGCCUGCUCGGCAGCCAGGCCAUCUUUCAGUCGUACGCGAAAAAAGGCCGCGAUGUCAAGGCCAUGCUGCAGCAAGACAUGACAGGAUACGUCAAGGGCACGCUGGACGCCGGCAAAAAGGAGAGCGUCGGCGUUAUUGACGACUUCGUCGAUCCCGACCUAACAAAUUUCAUUAAGACCGUCAUUGAUGAGUACUGCGAUAUCCCGUGGGUCAUGACAAAGUGCGGCUACGCAUGCUCCGACCAUGCCUCGGCCUCCAAGGCCGGAUACCCUUCGGCGUUUGUCAUCGAGUCGGCCUUUGAGAACUCGAACCCUUACAUCCACUCGCACAAGGACGUCAUCGAGCACUUGUCCUUUGACCACAUGCUCCAGCACGCCCGCAUGACCCUCGGCCUGGUCUAUGAGCUGGGCUUCCACAAGUUUGAUGACGAGACCAAGGACGAGCCGGGUGAGCUGUAG